AUGCCUAUUCCAGUAGCGCCCGUCAAUGAUCAACAAUAUCACAUGAGAUCCGAUUUCCCUUGGGGCAUGCCUCACGGUUAUAUGCCAACUGGAUAUCGUCCCCAAAACGCUAAAGCUUCAGUAGUGACUAUUGUGAUGUAUGUACCUCCUCCUAUGGUGCAUACGACUCCUUAUAAUGAAGAAAAUAUUUAUCAUGCUGCUCCAAGCAAAGUUGUGGGAAUAGAUGAAAGGUUAGAGGGAUUUCAAGAUCAGUUCUUAGAAAUGCAAUGGGAAAUCAACGCUCUUCGAGGUAAGGAUCUUUUUGGCAAGACCGCUUUCGAACUCUGCUUGGUUCCUAAUGUUCAAAUUUCGCCCAAGUUCAAAGUACCAAAAUUCGAGAAAUACAAAGGAAAUUCAUGUCCUCAAAGUCAUUUGGUGAUGUAUGCUAGGAAGAUGUCCACUCAGACUGACAACCGUCAACUUCUUAUCCACUAUUUUCAAGACAGUUUAACUGGUGCCGCUCUUAAGUGGUACAUAGGGUUAGAUAGCACGAAUAUCCGUACUUUCAACGACCUUGGUGAAUCUUUUAUUUGUCAAUACAAAUAUAGUGUAGAUAUGGCUCCUGACAGAGAUAAACUUUGGGCCAUGUCUCAGAAAGACAUGGGCAUGCGACUUAAGGAAGCAGUUCGAGAGGGACAUUUGACUAAGGAAGUCGACGCUUCUAGUCAUGUUAAGAAAUUCACCAAUAAUUUAUCCAAGAAGAAAGAAUUAGAAGUUAGUGUCGUUUCAUAUGGCAUACAAAGAAGAAAGUAUCAACAUGUUGCAGCCGUUUCACCAAUCAUUAGUCCACUAAUGGUAGCGCCAAUUUAUCAGCCACAGUUCUCGCAUUAA